AUGAGUACCACUGAUAAUAUGACAACUACAGAGAAUGAAUCAACAAAUCACGUCGCUACUAUUGGUGCAUCAGCAGAAGGGGACACCACAGCGAACACGGACUCUGUUACCCUCAAUAUAACCAGUAACGAGGAAUCAAUCUCAACUACCACCACCACCACCAAUACAAUUCCUCCUCUCCCUGGAAUCAGCAAUAACACCAUAAUGCCAAAUGUAAAGGGUGAUGCAGACAGCAGCAGCAGUAUCAGCAGUUCUGUGUGGGUGCGUGUACCACUACUGAUUGUGGUUACACUGGCCUGUAUUCUUGUGUGCUGA